AUGAACUUAAGCGAGGCGUCCGUUCAAUUCACCGAACAAAGGCGUCUGUGCACUCGGCGAGAUAUGAAUAUCCAGGCGAAAGAGGCCAAUUAUGAGCGAAAGAGGCCUCGCGGCCGCGUCAAACGCAGGCCGCCUCUUGCCGCGAGGCGGAAAUUGCCGCCGCCAUCUUGCCUGCGGACCGGAAGCGCGCCAAAUUAUCGCGGCAAUGCGGUCCGCACAGCCGUCGAGGGCCUCUACAUUGAUUGCGCGAGGUGCAAUGAUUGC